GUCGAACCUGAACUGCAGACAAAAGCUAAAAUCCCCCACCCCAGCCCGUGGGCUGUGCUCUUGGCUUUUCUUGGUUACACUUGGUGACUUUUCCUGUUUACAAUGUCCGUGUCCUCCCAUUUUUUCUUUUCUUUUUCGACUCGAUACUGUACCACGACUUCUAAAAAUACAGCCUAACAACUGGUUUUAAGUAAAGAGGAUGUUUCUUUCUGGAAAGGAAUGGCGGAUAUAUCCUGCAUGGUUUUCUGAAAAUAAACAUUUGACGGUCUCUCAUCGGUGCCUAACCUGAGUUUCUCACUGGAAAAGUGCAGAGUAUUUCUAAAGAGAAUCCUGCUUUUCAUUGCAGCUUCGCCCAUGACAGUAUGUCACCUGUUUCCCCCACUUGCUGUUGGGUGAGCUCUUAGUUGAGUUUGCCUCAGUCCUUUAGUAGCUAGGAAGCAUGGGGAAGUUGUUCUCAACUUCUUGGGGUCUCUACUCCUUCAGUGUGAAACGGAGGGCCAAAAAUACCUGCUUCACAAGGUGGCUGUAAGAAUUCAGAGCAUGUCAUGGAUGUCAAAGCACAUGACUCAGACAUAACACUCAUUUCCAUUUCGUGUGGGUUGAGAACAAAAGCAGCCGGUCAGGCCCAAGACACCCCCUGGUCACAAUCAGAUAAGAAGCAAGGUUUAUAAGUGUUUCCCCAGCUUUGGGUACCAGGGCAGCUAAAAAUGGCAGUUUUGGGUUAGUCUGUUGAUUAUCCCUGAGAAAUCAGAAUGGCAUUCAUCUUCAGCUCUGGGUCGACCACUCUCUCCAGGGUUUAACUGGUAGAUUGACUUUCAACUCAAAUCUGACAGCUUGGCCUCUUAAUAAUCCAAGAGAACUUUUUCCUUGAGAAAAAUAAUUGUUUAAACAACUUAAAAUAACCACUUACAGUUAACAUAAUAGCACGCAGCAGCUUACAAAUCAUUUCCACUAGUCAUAGUACUCGGUGCACUAGAGUAAGAGUAAAGCUGAUAAUGCACUCCAGGCACUUAGCACAGACUCUAACACCUAAUCUAUAACCAAUAAAUAGAGCGUGUUACUGGUGAUAGGAUUAUCAUCUGUACUUUCGAGGUAGAUUUGAGGUUCAACCUGUAUUAAUACAAGAGACAAACAAAGCUAAGUAAGAUUGAUUCUUAUCAUUCUCAUUUCACAGGGGCAGAAACUGAGAUUUAGAGAGAUACCAUGAUAUUGAUGCCCUACUCUUAGUUAAAUGGCAGAGCUGGGACACAAUCCAGGCCUCCUGAUUCUAAAUCCUGGCAUACCUCGCAGACACCGGGCUGGGGGCUCCUGAUGGCCUUCAGCUCCAGAUAUAAUAAGUAGUUUUGUUUCUUUUCCUUUCUUUCUUCCUUUGAAAGUUGGGCUUUCUUUUUGCCAGCCUUAAGAGAUCAGGCUAUAAUCUGAUAAGCGAUUGUCUUUUAUGAGACUGCCCUCCCCAGAGACUGUCUGCUAAAGCUGACCAAAAUUCCUUGCCAGGUUUAUGCCGGAGCUGCAGAAAAUGGCUGUUCCCUGACCAGCCUUCCUGGUUUGCUUUUCUUCAGCCGCUGCCUGAAAGGAGUUUGCAGUUGAAUGCUAAUGUUCGGAAAACAGCGUUAUCCCUUCCAUCUGUAGUGGGUGCCUCUUGUCAAGAACAGUGGUCCAAUAUAAAUUCUGUCUAUCAAUUUCCUAAUUUCUCACACUUCCAGGGUAAGAUACGGGUUGUACAGAUGCUCAGAACUUAAUUCCGUUGCUAGUUGAGCUAUUUCAGAGCCCUUACAAUAGUCUGAAAAUAUUUGUUUAAUUGUUAAUAAUUUCUUUUCUUCCCCUUAUGUCUAGAGCAGUUGUUCUCAACCAGGAAUGAUUCCCCCACUCCCACCCCCAGGAGACAUUUGGCAAUGUCUGGAGAUAUAUUUGGUGGCCACAAGCAGGGUGGAGGUGUUACUGACAUCUGGUGGGUAGAGGCCAGGGAUGUUGCUAGACAUCCUACAAUACACAAGACGGCCCUCAUAGAAUUAUGAUGUCUAUUCCUACCCAGAGCAGUGCUUACACUUUGAAAGUGCUCAAUAAAUAUUAGUCGAGCAAAUGAAUGAAAACCUGUUUCAGACCGACACUAUGUUAAUGGCAUUGUGUUCUAGACUGUAUCUUAAGCCCAAAGUGUUGUGGAGUCAGACCCAAAUAAAUGAUAAGCGUCAUUGAUAAAUGUCAUCCUGUGCCCAGAGCGUUCACAUAAGCAUGACAGAGCCAGCAGCCCAAGCAGGGGGAGCAGGGGGGAUGAAGUCCAUCCUGAUGUUCAGUGAAAAUCAAUAACGAACAUAUAGACACUGUUUUUAGCAGCUGCCCGUAUUUUUUUUUUUUCAGUUCAGGGCCAGGUGGUAGCCAAGAAAUAGUGAUUGCAAAAGCCUUGUGCCUCUUCUGGCCUCGGUGCCACAUAGUGACCUGAGCCCGGAAAGUCUGGUUUGGUGAGUCUAAAUGCGGCUCUUCCAGAACAGUGUUUUACUUGGUGGUCAAGAUGAUAUGUUAAAUGCCUCAGCUAUGUCUUUUAACAUAUAAGCCCUAUUAGAUGGGAAAUACCUUACAGCAGAAGUAAUAUAGCAGUGAAGGCCACAGAUUCUGCAGUCAGAAUGCCUGUGUUUCUACCUUUCUGAGACUCCUCCCAUCUCUGUGCCUUUGUGGAGUUGGAGUCAGUCAUUUACCUUCUUGGAGCCUCGAUUUUUCUCAUCCACAAAAUGAAGCUAGUGUUGGAAUCUGCCUCACAGGCUUGUUAUGAAAUGAAUUCAGGGGCACGUGGCAGGUUCAGUCAGUGGAGCAUGUACUUCUUAAUCUUGGAUCGUGAGUUCAAGCCCCACAUUGGGAGUUGAGAUUACUAAAAAUAAUUUAAUAAGAUGAAAUAAAAUAAAAUAAAAUAAAAUAAAAUAAAAUAAAAUAAAAUAAAAUAAAAACAUAAUUGAAAAUGACUUUAAAUAGCCCAUGUAAAUAAAGGAAAGGGCUCGGAUUAGUGCCAGGCACGUGGUCAAUGGCCAUUAAUUAUUGUUAACAUUUUUCCUAAGUCCGAUCACUCAGUUACCCAGUUUUGUCUUUGGAAAACGGAAUUUGCUUCUUUAUCAUUCUCGUCACCCAGCCAAUUUUCCUUUCUCCCUUUGCUGCUUUUAUGCCACCUGCCCCUCUCUCUCUCACUGCCUCCCUUUUGCCCUCUACUCCCAGUGAACCUACAAGACACACAGGAGUCCUGCUCCUAUGCAACUAAGGGAACCUGAGAUUCCACCCCAGUUCAUAGUAACAUGACCCAAGACAAGUUACCUAACCUCUCUGCACUUCACUUUUGUCAUCUACAAAAUCUAAAUUGUAAAACUCUUCACCUCCUAGGAAUGUAAGUAGCAUGAGAGGAGAAACUUGCACGUGCACUCACAUGACAUAGUAAGUGGUUAUAGAAGCUAGGAGAAUUGUUCGUUGAGAUUCGUAAAAGAGGUUCCCAAUGAUUGCACAUUGGGAGGGUAGGCACCAUCUUGAAAGAACUCGAAGGAAAAUCACAGCUGACUCGGUAUGGAGACAUCUGUGUCAGUCUAGGCCAUUCUCUGAACGGGAGUGUCAAUAGCUCAUAUUCAGUCAACACCCAGAGAUGAUAUAAAGGAGCCCCUGUUCAGCUAGGAUUGACAUCAUUUGGGAGAAAUAUAAAACUCCAUCCACUCAAUAGAUCCCAAAGUAAGAACGUCCUAGAUACACCCUUCUACCUCUCUCCAGUUCUUCCAGAAUAUCUCAUCUGAUGAAGAGUUUAAUAGCACACCUUGUUUUCAGGGUAGAAAGCUUGUUUGUUAUGUAGAGAGUCUGUCUGGGCCAAGGCUUGGGAGGUGUUUCGGAACAUCCUCACUUUACAUUAUGCUAUGCAAAUUUAAAUCAUUUGUGAACUUAAUUCAUUAUUAACUGUGUCUAUGUUCUGAGCAGUAAAGGCAUUCCUUCACUCAGGUAUUUAUUGACCACAUUCUUACCCUGCAGACACUGUUCUAGGCCCUGGGGAUACAGUAGUGAACAAAUCUAUCAAGGUCUGUGCCAUGAAAUUUAACAUUCUGAUGGUGAAAAAUAAGGACAGAGUGAUGCCUGGGUGGCUAAGUGGGUUAAGCAUUCGACUCUUGAUUUUGGCUCAGGUCAUGAUCUCAUAGUUCGUGAGUUUGAGCCCCACAUCAGGCUCCUUGCUGACAGUGCAGAGAUUCUCUGGGAUUCUCUGUCUCCCUCUCUCUCUGUCCGUCCCCCACACUCUCUCUGUCUCUCUCAAAAUAAAUAAAUAAGCUUUAAAAAAAAAAAAGAUGACAGAAAAACAAAAAACUAACAAAAAGUAUUAGCUAUAAAGAAAAUAAAGCAGCAUGAUAUGAGAGAGUAUCCAGUCUCCACUUUAUUCUGAGGACAGUCCUCUUAGAAACAGUGGCUUUUGAUUUAAGAUCUGAAAGAUGUGAAAGGACCUAAUCAUGCAAUGACCCAGGGAAGGGCAUUCCAGAGGAACAGCAAAUGCAAAAUUUCAAAGGAGGAACAACCUUUAUUUUGAAAACGAAAAGAAGGCCAGUGUGGAUGGUAUGUUAGUACAAAGGCAGAUGGCUUGGAAAUAAAAUUAGAGAGGGUAAGGGGUUGGUUGUGUGGACAUUGUUGACAAGGUAAGGAGUUUGGGCAAUUUUAAGAAAGUGAAGGGAUUUCAUCUGUAUUUGAGAGGCAUAGCCAUGUGGAGUUUGGAUCCUUACAGGACUCAAAUAAAAGCAUGGAGCCUGGUUAGACAGCCGGUUUUGCACAUAUCCAGGCAAGGGAUGAUGGUGAAUUAGACUUCGGAUGGGUCACCCCGCAAAAAAUCCUGAAGAGUCAUUUUUAUGGGGUAGACCCUCUCAUGUUAGGCUUUCAGAAAAGGUCAAAAGAACAAGAGAGAAGAAGAAAGAAAAAAAGAAAGCAGCUUGCCGCUUCCCUUACCAAGCUUUCAUAUUUCCUUGUUCCAAAGAACCACUAGUGCAAAACCCAAGCGGGGCUGAGGUUCUGGUCUUUUUCUGUAGUUGUGAUUUCCUCUUACUUUAUGAGUUGACCCCGGUUGUUAUGAAUGGUCCCACACUGCCCUAUCUGGACUCGCCUUUGGAUUUCUUACCAAGUCUUCCUCCUCUCUUCUCUCCUAAAUCAGGUCGUGGUAUUGGGGGUUGGGGGUGGGGCAUUUUCACACAGACUUGAACCCCACUAUGGGCUACAGGUCAGGGCCUCAGGGCACACCCCGAAGCCAGAGGUCUGGCCUGUGCCCAAUUCUCACUUCCCUCUGCUCUUCCUCAUUUGACCGGUGACCAGAUGGACAAGGUCCUUCCACCAGCACCCAGCGCUUAGCAUCAGAGGACCCGCUCCACCAACUGGGGAGCAAACACAGGGCAGCCACAGACUGAGGUGGGAGUUUUAAUCCAGUAUGUACGAUUUUUAAUCUUCAUCUUCCUGGGGUUGAAUGGAAGAGGAAGUGGCAGGAAGGGUAUCAAAUCUGUGUGGGUGAUGACAGAGGGCAGGCACUGCCAGGUGCACCUCCUGGAUGAUAGGAGGCUGGAGCUGCUGGUUCAGCCCAAACUUUUAUCAAGAGAAUUGCUGGACCUUGUGGCUUCACAUUUCAACCUGAAAGAAAAGGAGUACUUUGGAAUAACAUUUACGGACGACACAGGUCAGCAGAACUGGCUACAGUUAGAUCACCGCGUUCUUGACCAUGAUCUGCCCAAGAAACCAGGCGCAACCAUUUUGCACUUCGCUGUGAGGUUUUACAUUGAGAGCAUAUCAUUUUUGAAGGAUAAAACCACCGUGGAGCUUUUUUUCCUGAAUGCAAAGUCCUGUGUACUCAAGGGGCAAAUCGAAGCGGACAGCGAAACCAUCUUCAAGUUAGCCGCACUUGUGUUACAGGAAGCCAAAGGGGAUUAUACCAGUGAUGAAAAUGCCAGGAAAGACUUAAAGACAUUACCAGCCUUUCCAACCAAAACCCUUCAGGAACAUCCAUCCCUGGCUUACUGUGAGGACAGGGUGAUUGAGCAUUAUUUGAAAAUCAAAGGUCUGACCCGGGGUCAAGCUGUGGUUCAGUAUAUGAAAAUAGUAGAAGCUCUACCAACCUAUGGAGUCCAUUAUUACGCAGUAAAGGAUAAACAAGGACUUCCUUGGUGGCUUGGAAUCAGCUACAAAGGAAUCGGCCAGUAUGAUCUGCAAGAUAAAGUGAAACCUCGGAAAUUAUUCCAAUGGAAACAGCUUGAGAACUUGUAUUUCCGUGAGAAAAAAUUUGCCGUUGAAGUUCACGAUCCACGGAGGAUUUCUGUGUCAAGAAGAACCUUUGGGCAAAGUGGCCUCUUUGUGCAAACGUGGUAUGCAAACCCUUCUCUCAUCAAGUCCAUCUGGGUAAUGGCAAUUAGUCAGCAUCAGUUUUAUUUGGACCGGAAGCAAAGCAAAGCAAAAAUUCCUUCAGCCAGGAGUUUGGAUGAUAUCGCGAUGGAUUUGACAGAAACAGGAACACCAAGGGUCUCCAAAAUGGUGACACUGGAGGCAAAAAGUCAGUUCAUCAUGGCGAGUAAUGGCAGCUUAAUAUCUUCAGGUUCUCAAGACUCAGAAGUUAGUGAGGAGCAGAAGAGGGAGAAAAUCCUCGAGCUCAGGAAGAAGGAGAAGCUCUUGCAAGAAAAACUCCUGAAGAAAGUCGAGGAGCUUAAGAAGAUCUGUUUGCGGGAGGCUGAGCUCACGGGCAAAAUGCCAAAGGAAUAUCCGCUGAACGUCGGUGAGAAACCGCCUCAGGUCAGAAGGCGUGUGGGUGCCGCGUUCAAACUGGAUGACAACCUGCUGCCCAGCGAGGAGGACCCUGCUCUACAAGAACUGGAGAGCAAUUUCCUAAUACAGCAAAAGCUGGUUGAAGCUGCAAAGAAACUUGCCAACGAGCCAGACCUUUGUAAAACCGUGAAGAAAAAACGAAAGCAGGAUUACACGGAUGCUGUGAAAAAGCUUCAGGACAUUGAAAACGCGAUAAAUGAAUACCGGAUCAGAUGUGGAAAGAAACCCAGCCAGAAAGCAACAGUGAUUUUACCAGAAGACAUAAUCCCAUCAGAGAGCAGCUCCUUGUCUGACACUACCACCUAUGAUGAUUCUGAUGCCUUCACUCUUGCUGGGCAGCGACCAAGUUCAGUACCUCAUUCUCCAAGAAUUCUUCCCCCCAAGUCUCUCGGUAUCGAGCGAAUCCAUUUCAGAAAGUCGUCUGUCAAUGAACAGUUUGUGGAUACCAGGCAGUCCAGGGAAAUGCUGUCGACACACAGCAGCCCUUACAGAACCCUGGAGAGGCGGCCCCAGGGAGGACGCAGCAUGCCCACCACACCGGUUCUCACCCGCAACGCCUACAGCAGCAGCCACUUGGAACCCGAAUCUUCUUCCCAACACUGCCGCCAGCGGAGUGGAAGCCUUGAGUCUCAGUCCCACCUGCUGUCUGAGAUGGACAACGAUAAGCCAUUUUUCUCCCUCUCCAAAUCCCAAAGAAGCAGUAGUACGGAAAUCCUGGAUGACGGGUCUUCCUACACCAGCCAAUCAAGCACAGAGUAUUACUGCGUGACGCCUAUUGCUGGCCCCUAUUACACUACUCAGACUCUGGACACUCGUGCCAGGGGCCGGAGAAGGUCUAAGAAACAGAAUGUUUCGACUUCAAAUUCAGGAAGCAUGCCCAACCUAGCACAAAAGGAUAGUUUGAGGAAUGGCGUCUACACAAAGAGUCAGGAACAACCUUCUUCUAGUUACUAUAUUGCCGGGUACACACCAUAUGCAGAGUGUGACCUUUAUUACAGUGGCGGCUAUGUCUAUGAGAAUGACACUGAGGGACAGUACAGUGUCAAUCCUUCCUACCGGUCCUCGGUCCACUAUGGAUACGAGCGCCAAAGGGACUAUAGCAGGUCCUUUCAUGAAGACGAGGUCGACCGGGUACCCCAUAACCCAUAUGCAACUCUCCGGCUGCCCAGGAAGGCUGCAGCUAAGUCAGAGCACAUCACCAAAAACAUCCACAAGGCCUUAGUUGCCGAGCACCUGCGUGGCUGGUACCAGCGGGCCUCUGGACAGAAGGAUCAGGGGCACAGCCCCCAGACUAGCUUUGACUCGGACAGGGGAUCGCAGAGAUGCCUGGGGUUUGCUGGGCUGCAAGUACCCUGCUCUCCCAGCAGUCGAACAUCUUCCUACUCUUCAGUAUCUUCUACAAAUGCUUCUGGGAACUGGAGGACCCAGAUAGCUGUAGGGCUAUCUGAAUACGAGACCCCGGCACAUUCUUCCUACACCAGCUGCUAUGGCAACAUCUAUAAUCCUUUGCCCUCUCCAGGCAGGCAAAACCGAGGGCUUCUUUCCCGGAGAAUGGUUGUGUCUCCAGAAAUGAGAUCAGUUUUAAAUUCUCUUUUGCUAAGUGUAGCCAGCAGUAACAGUACACAGAGAUCAGUCAACUGGACAGUACAGAUGGAAACCGGUUGGAAGAAAGCCUGAAGAGUAGAGAGCAGAGGCUCUUUUGGCACGAAGAUUCAAAGCCUGGAACAUUAGUCUGAACUGCACUUGGACCUCUUGACCAAGCACCGCGUUCUCACACUAGUGUGCCUUGCAAAAUGUGUUCGUCUUCCCAGAAAGCUAUUUGGCUUUAGAAAGCUAAAAGCAUCAAAGGUUGAAGAGAGGACUCUUGCUGCCCUGGAAGUGAAUCACACUCUAAGGCCACGGAAAAGCCCCUGAACCACAUGCCUUUCCAGCUCCGGGCACUAACCUAACAGCAAGGUGGAACCAUUGCCAAGGACAGACUCAGCCUUUAUCAGUAGCAAGCACUUGUUAAGGGAAUAAAAGUUGUUGAAGGCAAACCGUAAAACUGUGAAAAGUGUGUUCAGGGUCUCCAAUAGGAAGGAAGGUUGGGAAAUUUCAGAGCACAGUUCAGCAUGAUGAGAAGAAGAACAACGAGGAGCUCCUCAGUCAUUGCUCACCAUCAGAAAGUUUGGAGUUGUGAGCCGGCGAAGAAUGACAUGGUAUUUCUACAUGGACGUCAACAAUUGAGACAGUAUUGGAAAAUUACUUGAAGAGAAGCUGGAUUUUCAUGAAGUUCUGAAUGAGUGUAAAUGUUUUUAGGAUAUUAUAAAGAGUGAUGGUUUUCAUAAGCACCAUAAAAUGGGUUCCGGAAAGACUUACUGCCGGAGCAUCCUGUAAUAUAACUUUAUGGUAGCAGAUUGGGGAAAACACAGCAGCCCACUGAAUAAUUGACAAACUCUGCUUGGAGAAUUUUCUAAGGUCCAAUAUUAUUGGGCUCCUUUUUUCUUUCUACACCAGUGGCCUGAUAGGUUAUUAUUCAGGCUGGUAACUCUCCAAUUUGGUUGUCAUUUGAAAUGGCAGACCUGACAUGGAGAGUUUUUAUAAUCAAGAGUUUGAAAAACUAUUUUAAGGUAAUACAACACAAAGAACCCAAAACAAAACAAAAGCCACAUCAUUUUAGAUGAAUUGCGUGCCUUAAAAUGGUGAACAUUAGGAAAGUAAGCAUAUUGUCCAGAUCCCACAGAGGGUUCUAAUUCACCAAGUGACAAAAACAAGAUUAGUCAUUAAAAAGGAAAAAACAAAAGCAAAACAAAACAAAAAACAACAAAAAACAAAAAACUCCAAGCUGCAGAUUUAAUUAUGAGGCUAAAACUACCUCAUACUUCACUUGGAAGAACUAAUUAGCUAUGGUUUAUGGUAGGGUUUUUAAAAAAAAAAUUCCAUAUUCUAGAUUGAUCUUUUUUGUCAUCUUCACUCUGCUUCAAUAUUCCAUAAAAGGUGCUCCCUACCCCCCUUUUAUACAGGUUUCAUGUUCCUAUUGUGAAGAGAGAAGUUUCUGAACAACUUUUUUGGAACAUUUUCUAUCUAUAUUCCAAAGCAUGUAAUAUAUACAUAAAGAUGAUUUGUUAAACUGGUCCUUAGUCAUUUGUAUCAUUAAAAAUGAAGUUUGGGGAACGAAUUUGGAGCAAAACAGAAGACAUGCAGAAAAAUAAUAACUUAUUCCUUUUUGCAUAUUUGUAUAGCCUUCUAGAAACAGAAAUACUUUUGCAUAUUCUUUUACUGUUCUGACUUUUUAAGACCUAUUAUUUUUUUACAUAGGUCAAUAAACUGAAGGUGUGCUACUGAAAAUGUUUACGUAUUCUUCCAUUAUAUUCAGGGUUCAUCCAAAGCAGUUUGAAGUGUUCUACUUCAUGUAAUCCUCUUGGACAAGAUUGCAGAUUUUUAGUUGUAGUAUUACCGUAUUUUACUGAUGCCAAGGUGCCCAUCUUUUCACAUUUACAUCCUUGAAAUCAGGAUGCAUCUUUUGACUGAUGGCAUGCUCUAAAGGAAUUGGCAGUGUUUUUUUCUUUCUUAGCGCUACAUAAAAUGAUGCUGUGUCUCACAAUAAAGUUGUCUUAGAACUGAUGAAAUACGGUAGUUUAUUGCCUCGCUGAGGAUGACAGAUGUGAAUUUUUAGGCUUCCCGAUCUUGCGAAUGUUGUUUGUUUGUAACAAGCCCUUCAUCCUAGUUUUGCAGAGUCGCAAACUGGUCUUUUAAAUUCAGGAAAAUGUUUCAUCUGGCAUGUAUUUGUCCUGCACAAUGGGGAGAAGGGAAUGGGAAAUGAAACGUAGGAAGACCUUAAUACUUCCGUGCAAGUAUCUUAAAUGGAAAUAGCCUUCUGUUCAAGAAAUGGAAUGCUCAGAACUGCAAGUGGGCCUGGAAAGAACGUGUGGAACUUGGCCCCCAAAUAUUUAAAGAAGGUAAAGAAAUAGAAGCACCGGGGGCUUGCUGUAAGAUUUUUUUUUACCCGCUAUCUUUUUAGGAAAACCUCUCUCAACUGCAUUUUUGGUAUAUUUAUUAAUAACCAAAACAUGACAGAGGUAAAUUGUUCAACAUCACACAUCGAUCUGCUUCAUAUUACGGUGUAUCAUAUAGUCAUGAUAAAAAUUUGAAGUUCAAACACAAAGCAAAUAUAUAACAUGAGAACAUAAUCGCCCCUGGGAGCCUAACAUUUCAGAUGUAAGAACUGAUUUUUUUUUCAGACUGGUUAAUUUAUAUUAGUUCAGGUUUUCUUCUAUGUAUAUAGUAAUUUUUUUUAAUACAGCAUCAUAUUACAAGUACAGUUUACAACUUGUUUCUUCACUGAACAUACCUUGGGCUUCUCUGUAUCAGUAUAUAUUUUGAUCUACCUCAUAAAAAUGUAUAUUUUACAAGGUGGAUUUUUUAAAUUGCCUCACCUUCUUUGCUGUUUAUAUUUUUUUCUAUAUUUCAGAAAAUUCUUCAAAAUCUUUCUUGUACUCAUAAAAGCUUAAUGUUAUAAGCAAUAAAGAUUCCAGAAUUGUCUCAAA